AUGGUUGUUUUGUCUUCAGCUGUACAAUCCUCAAAGUCCAUCCUGAGAGAGCUGAACCUGAGUAACAAUGACCUGAAAGAUUCUGGAGUGAAUUUUCUUUCUAAUGGACUGAAGAAUACAAACUGUCAGCUGGAGAUACUGAGGCUAUGUGGAUGUUAUAUCACUGCUCAGUCCUGUGGAAGUUUGUCUUCAGCUCUACAAUCAUCAAACUCUGUCCUGAGAGAGCUGGACCUGAGUAACAAUGACCUGAAAGAUUCCGGAGUGAAGUUUCUUUCUGACGGACUGAAGAGUCCAAACUGUCAGCUGGAGAUUCUAAGACUGUCUGGCUGUAUGGUGACAGAAGAAGGCUGUGGUUAUGUGUCUUCAGCUCUGAGUUCAAACCCCUCACACCUCAGAGUACUGGAUCUGAGCUACAAUCACCCAGGAGAUUCAGGAGUCAAGCUUCUCUUUGAAAAACUGGAGGACUCAAACUGCUCAUUGGACAAACUCUAUGUGGAUCAUAGAGGAGAAUCCAGGAUUAAAGCAGGACUAAAGAAAUAUGACUGUUUUCUCACACUGGAUCCAAACACAGCAAACACUCAUCUCAUUCUGUCUGAGGAGAACAGAGAGGUGACACAUGUGAGAGAGAAACAGUCAUAUCCUGAUCAUCCAGACAGAUUUGAUGAUGUGCGUCAGGUGUUGUGUAGAAAGAGUUUGUGUGGACGCUGUUACUGGGAGAUUGAGUGGAGUGGAGAUGUGGAUAUAUCAGUGUCAUAUAAAAGCAUCAACAGGAAGGGAGCGGGUGAUGAGUGUGUGUUUGGAAAUAAUUAUCACUCCUGGAGUUUGAUCUGCUCUCCCUCCAGUUACUCAUUCAGACACAAUAACAUAGAGACUAAUCUCCAUGUGAAGUCCAUCAUCAGGAGAAUAGGAGUGUAUGUGGAUCACAGUGCAGGAUCUCUGUCCUUCUACAGCGUCUCCAGAAACACAAUGAGCCUCAUCCACACAGUCCAGACCACAUUCACUCAGCCGCUCUAUCCUGGGUUUAGGGUUUAUUAUGAAUCAUCCGUGAAACUGUGUUGAUAAAUCAGAAGAGACUGACGAGA